AUGCACAAACACCACCACUGCUGCAAGUGCCCAGAAUGUUAUGAGGUGACCCGCAUGGCGGCCCUGCGCAGGAUGGAUGCGCCGGCCUACGGGGGAGACUGGCAGGCCGAGCCCUACGGAUAUCCGCCCGGGUACGGGGGAGGCCAAACUUUACCCGCUCCGGCCUCGGGGGGAGGAGGCAACAUGGGUGGAGGAGGAGGAGGUGGCGGUGGAGGAGGAGGGGGCACCUUAGGGAGAAGUAAGGGCAAGAUGAUGUCUGGCGGUGGGCCCGGAGGCCCUAAUCCAAAGGGCCAAUCCAAAGGGGGGCCCAAAGUCAAUGGCAACAACUCAAGUGGGCAAGGAGGAUGGUGGCCCGAGUGCACCUGCACCAAUCGGGAGUGGUAUGACCAGGCCAACCCUCCCCCCAUCAUUGUCAACGCAGACUCACUAGAUGCAGGCCCUUAUGUGAACGGCAGUGAUGGCAUGUACAAGUAUGAGGAGAUCAUUUUGGAGAGGGGGAACUCCGGUUUGGGUUUUAGCAUCGCGGGAGGCAUCGAUAAUCCGCACAUUCCUGACGAUUCGGGGAUUUUCAUCACCAAGAUUAUUCCUGGAGGAGCAGCUGCCAUGGACGGAAGGCUCGGGGUUAACGACUGCGUGUUGCGCGUGAAUGACGUGGACGUGUCGGAGGUUGUCCACAGCAGGGCGGUGGAGGCCCUGAAAGAGGCGGGGCCCGUGGUGCGCCUUCUUGUGAGGCGGAGGCAGGCUCCGCCCGAAACCAUCUUGGAGGUCAACCUGCUGAAAGGUCCCAAAGGACUUGGAUUCAGCAUCGCCGGAGGGAUCGGCAAUCAACACAUCCCAGGCGACAACAGCAUCUACAUUACUAAGAUCAUCGAAGGGGGAGCCGCCCAGAAAGAUGGACGGCUACAGACGGGGGACCGCCUGCUCGCUGUGAACAACAUUGUGCUUCAGGACGUGCGGCACGAAGAGGCAGUGGCAGCUCUAAAGAACACGUCCGAUAUGGUUUACCUCAAGGUGGCCAAGCCUGGACCUGUGCACCUCAACGACAUGUACGCUCCGCCAGACUAUUCCAGCAGCCUGGCCCUCCCUCCAGCCUUCCCCACCAUGGUAGACAACCACGUGAGCCACAACUACAUGGGUGCCAUGGAGCCCAAGCCACCCUACCCGCCGCCCCAGGUCACCCCGUCAAGGUACUCGCCAGUUCCCCGCCACAUGCUGGGAGAGGAAGACUUCACCAGCCGGGCUGAGCCAAUUUACAGUGUCAUCCACAAACCUGGGGACGGCAAGGUGCCCCCUCAGGCUCUCUUCAGAGGCUUCUGUCCUUCCCCUGCACCCUUGUACCAAGCUCCGCUCCCCCUCUCUGGCAGGGAGCCGAGGAAAGUGUUGCUGCACAAGGGCUCCACCGGGCUGGGUUUCAACAUCGUAGGCGGCGAGGACGGCGAGGGCAUCUUUGUCUCCUUCAUCCUGGCCGGGGGGCCGGCCGACCUCAGCGGCGAGCUGAGGAGAGGCGACCGUAUUCUGUCUGUGAAUGGGGUGAACCUAAGGAACGCCACGCACGAGCAAGCGGCAGCAGCCCUAAAAAGAGCCGGACAGACCGUCACCAUCAUUGCUCAGUACAGACCUGAAGAGUACAGCCGCUUUGAGUCGAAGAUCCACGACCUGCGGGAGCAGAUGAUGAACAGCAGCAUGAGCUCAGGAUCCGGUUCCCUGCGCACCAGUGAGAAACGCUCCCUCUAUGUCAGAGCUUUGUUUGACUACGACCGGACGAGGGACAGCUGCCUGCCCAGCCAAGGACUGAGCUUCUCUUACGGCGACAUCCUCCAUGUGAUUAAUGCGUCCGACGACGAGUGGUGGCAGGCCAGACUGGUCACGCCUCACGGGGAGAGCGAGCAGAUCGGGGUUAUUCCCAGCAAGAAAAGAGUGGAGAAGAAGGAGCGAGCCAGGUUAAAAACAGUCAAGUUCCACGCCCGGACAGGCAUGAUUGAGUCCAACAGGCCGGUCAAAGUAAAGCGCAAAAAAAGCUUCAACCUGUCGCGAAAGUUCCCGUUUUACAAGAGCAAGGAGAAUAUUGUGCACGACUUGGUGGAGUCUGAACAAUGCUUGACGUCCAACACGAGCGACAGCGAAAGCAGUUCAAAGGGCCAGGAAGACACAAUCCUCUCCUACGAGCCAGUCAUUCGGCAAGAAAUCCACUACACGAGACCCGUGAUCAUCCUAGGCCCCAUGAAGGACCGCGUCAACGACGACCUCAUCUCCGAGUUCCCUCACAAGUUCGGCUCCUGCGUACCCCACACGACCCGCCCCCGACGGGAGAACGAAAUGGACGGGCAGGACUACCACUUUGUGGGCUCGCGCGAGCAAAUGGAGAAGGAUAUCCAAGAUAACAAGUUCAUCGAGGCGGGGCAGUUCAACGAGAACCUCUACGGGACCAGCAUCCUGUCCGUCAGAACCGUGGCUGAAAGGGGGAAGCACUGCAUUCUGGACGUGUCCGGCAACGCCAUCAAACGACUGCAGCAAGCACAACUUUACCCCAUCGCCAUCUUUAUUAAACCAAAAUCCAUCGAAGCCCUCAUGGAAAUGAACAAGCGGCAGACGUACGAGCAGGCCAACAAAGUCUUCGACAAGGCCGUCAAGCUGGAGCAGGACUUUGGGGAGUUUUUCACAGCGAUCGUUCAGGGCGACUCGCUGGAGGAAAUCUACAACAAAAUUAAGCUGAUCAUCGAGGAGCAGUCGGGUCCCUACAUCUGGAUCCCCUCCCUGGAGAAGCUCUGA